CUCGCCGAUGCAGUCUAUCGCGGCCGCAAUUGUAGAAAACUAAGAACAGCGAUUCGCAGUCGCAUUCCCGCUGUCUCGGCAACCGCCGACCAAUCGCUACUGCGAUGUUGCGACACUUUCCAUUGCUCUUGCAAGUCGUCGUCUUUGUGCUCUCGGUGAGCGCCGUCGACCAGGAAGAAGAGGCUUCCGCGGGAGUGCCGAUUUGCGCGGACGUGGACGACUUCAACAUCUGUCACUACAACGGCGUGCUUGUGAACGUGACUCAGCGUGGCUCCGAGGAUCAUUUGGGUAUCUGCGAGUUGGAUCUCCUGACGAUUCGGGAAGACGCCUUCAAGAACCUGACAGCGACGCAUCUGUACUUAGACCAAGGUAAUCGGAUAUCCGGCCUGAAGAAGGAAUCCUUCCGCGGCCUGCCGAGACUGACAUGGCUCGAAUUGGACAACAACCAGGUGCCGUUGUCGGGACACUUGUUCUCGGAACUGGGACGCCUGCAGUCGCUGUCUUUGAAAUACAACAACAUCGACAGGAUACCGGCGGACUCGUUCGCAGGCCUGUCGAGCUUGGUGUGGCUAUUCCUAAACAACAACAACAUCACCUCGAUCGACACGGACUCAUUCUCGAAUGUCAUUCCUGAGCUACUGUGCCUGUGGCUCACCGAUAACAAGAUCACCCGGGUGGCGUCCGGCGCUUUCGUCGGUUUAACCCGACUGAAUCGCCUUUACCUGAGCUACAAUCAGCUGGAGGACUUACCGACCGAUCUUUUCCGCGGGUUGAACAAGUUGGAGAUACUCUACCUGCAUAAUAAUCGGAUAACGAACAUCCCCGAGACGCUCUUCCGUGACCUGGUCGAGCUGAAGGUACUUUAUCUUCAGGAGAACAAAAUCAGCACUCUGGAUCCCGGGGUAUUCCUCGGGCUGUCUCAGCUGGAAGAACUGAUUUGUGACAAGAAUGAACUAUCUGACGUUGUAGUUUCGACGCUUUCGGAAGGAUGUUCUACUUGCAGUCACACGUUUAGCCCAACACUUGUACCCGAACAGUUUGUAACGGUGUUUUUGAACAUGUCAAGUGAAGCUCCCAUCAAUUUUAGGUUGCCGGAACCAGCGAUAUUAUCGAGACUCGCCAUAACCUUGCGAACUUGUCGUCUGCGGUAUCUGCAAAAAUUAUUAUUUACAUGAAGAUUUCUCUUAUCGUAGUAUUUUUUGUAGUGCACUUAUCAUCGGCGCCGCCUGGUCUCGCUUUGAAUCGAUUAUUACGAUGUAUAAGGAUC